ACCCGGCAGCCGACGGGCGCGCGGCAGAGCCCGCGGGUUGUGCUGAGCGGAGCUCGUGGGUCCGCACCUCCCCGAGCGCCUGGACUGCACGGCGUCGUCCGCAGCCCGACUGCAGGGCACGGCGGCGGCAGACACGUUAGCCGCGGUCCGCAGUCCCCGAGUAGCUUCUGCCUCAGGUGUUGGCGUCCACGCCACCCGACCCAGAGCCGCGACAGGUGCCGCGCGGGUUCUCUGGGGACCGCGCUGCCGCCGCGGGCAACUCCCGCCCGUCCCGUCCCGCGACCCCCAGCGCGGCCCGCCGCGCGCCGUCGGGGGAGCCUCAGCCCCGGGCCGCGGCGAAGCGGAUGCGCGUCGGGUGAGCGCGGCGUCCCGCCCGCCAUGGCCGCGCGCCCCGGGCCGCUGUGGCUCCUGGGGCUGGCGCUGUGCGCGCUGAGCGGCGGCGGCCCCGGCCCACGCCCCCCAACCGGCGGCCCGCCCCGCCGCCUGGGCCCGCGCGAGCGCCGCGACCUGCAGCGCGAGAUCCUGGCGGUGCUCGGGCUGCCCGGGCGCCCCCGGCCCCGCGCGCCGCCCGCCGCCGCCCGGCUGCCCGCGUCCGCGCCGCUCUUCAUGCUGGACCUCUACCACGCCAUGGCCGGCGACGACGACGACGACGGGGGCCCUCGCGAGCGGCGCCUGGGCCGCGCCGACCUGGUCAUGAGCUUCGUCAACAUGGUGGAGCUCGACCGCUCCCCGGGCCACCAGGAGCCCCACUGGAAGGAGUUCCGCUUUGACCUGACCCAGAUCCCGGCGGGGGAGGCAGUCACAGCUGCUGAGUUCCGGAUUUACAAGCUGCCCAGCACCCACCUGCUCAACAGGACCCUCCACGUCAGCAUGUUCGAGGUGGUCAGAGAGCGGGCCAACAGGGAGUCUGACUUGUUCUUUUUGGAUCUUCAGACGCUCCGAGCUGAGGACGAGGGCUGGCUGGUGCUGGACGUGACAGCAGCCAGUGACCACUGGUUGUUGAACCGCAGCAAGGACCUGGGACUCCGCCUCUACAUGGAGACAGAGGACGGGCGCAGCGUGGAUCCUGGCCUGGCCGGUCUGCUGGGGCGACGGGCACCGCGCGCCAAACAGCCUUUCAUGGUCACGUUUUUCAGGGCGAGCCCCAGCCCCAGCCCCAUCCGGGCCCCUCGGGCAGUGAGGCCCCUGAGGAGGCGGCUGCUGAAGAAGACCAACGAGCUGCCGCAGCCCAACAAGCUCCCGGGGAUCUUUGAUGGCGCCCACGGCUCCCACGGUCGGCAGGUGUGCCGUCGGCACGAGCUCUAUGUCAGCUUCCAGGACCUCGGCUGGCUGGACUGGGUCAUCGCCCCCCAAGGCUACUCAGCCUAUUACUGUGAGGGGGAGUGCUCCUUCCCGCUGGACUCCUGCAUGAACGCCACCAACCACGCCAUCGUGCAGUCCCUGGUGCACCUGAUGAAGCCAGACGCCGUGCCCAAGGCGUGCUGCGCGCCCACCAAGCUGAGCGCCACCUCCGUGCUCUACUAUGACAGCAGCAACAACGUCAUCCUGCGCAAACACCGCAACAUGGUGGUCAAGGCCUGCGGCUGCCACUGAGGCCCUGCCGGCCGCUGCAGCACCUCCCGCCGGGGUCAGCCCCGCUCCAGAGGCUGAGACCCUCAAACCCAGCCAGACCACAGAUAGGACUGGCACAGAGAGUCCUCAGAUCAACAUGUCCAUGCCCCUUCCUCCUUCCUGCCAGGGCAGGGUCCUUUCAGGCCCCACCACCCCUCCCCUGCCUGAGGUUGUGAUAGAUUCUGGCGUUCAGUUCUGGUGGGCGGAGUCAUCAGGCAGGGUUCUGCCCCAGCCCUGUCCCCCAGUGGCACGUGCUGACUGGGUCUUUGGGGUCAGCACAAAAGUCCUAUCUGAGGACCUGCCCUUGCUCCUUGCUGGCUUGGGCUGUGGGCAGAUAUGCAAUGACCCGAGAGGCACCUGGAGCCCAAGGUGACCAGCUCAGGUCCUCCCUCUCCAUUGCAGGGUUUGGGGGUGUGUAGACAGGGUUUGGCCCACCUCCGGUUGCCUACCCUUCUCAGGGGCAAAAGUAGGCAUUUCUGGGUACUUGUUAAAGAGCAUGGGCUUGCCUUGUGUGUUCUAUAUUUUCGGAUCUGAAUUACCAAACUGCUGGCCACGGGGAGGCAUGUGGGGCAACUCCAGAAAGAGCUGAAUGAGCAGCAUGGUUAAGGGCUCAGGCCAAUGGCAUUUUUCUUCUGUCUUCCUGCCCUGGAUCUGUGUGUACUUUCUCAGCAUGCAGCGCAUUGAAAUUUUACCUUUGGAGAAACAAAAAUCUUGGGGCUUCACUGACCCAUCUGUCUGUCGUCGUGUUGAACGUCGGGAGUUCAGCUCUGUGGGGAAGUACCUUUUUACUGAGCCAAGCAUACAUGGUGUAGCCCAGGGUGACAGUGCCCAGCACAGGUGACUUAGCGUUCCUUUCUCUUCUGCAUGUCAGGCAUCAAUAAUCAACCUUGACGCUGUUUUCUACCAAAUCUGGAUAGAAUUUCAAGUGAUCAGCACAGAACUCCAGGCAGCCAUUUCCAGCACAUUAGCGUUGGCAUGUGAAUUGAAACCGUGCCGUCUCCUGCUAAGGAGCAAUCUAUUCCACCCAGAGCAAUGUGUCUGCAACACCGGGCAGCCUGUGGCCAGGUGUGGGCCACGGUAGGGCCUUGUCAGCACCCGUUGUGUCCAGAAGUUGUCAAAACACAGGCUGGUCACCAAAGUCUGCGUCACCCUGUCUGCUCAGGAGCCCCGUCCUGUUUCUUGGGGCCUGUGAGCCAAAGAAAAGGCCCCUGUCCCAGGGGAGUGACAGGCAGUAAUUAGGGUGAGCUGGGUGGGAAGGUUCCCGGAAACCACUGUUCUCCUUGGAGCAGCCGAGGCAGUGGGAGUGUUUAUUUGAUUUCUGACUUGCUAACCCUGUAAUUUACCUGCUGGAGCAGACAGUCCAGCUGCCUGAACCCUGAAAUACUGUGUCGUUAAUAGCAGAUCCUGGGCCCACCCCAACCCACAGGCAAAGCCCACAGAGGCAGAACGACCCGUGUGCCCAAGGACGCGCAUCCCUGGGGUCCACUCUGCACCCUGAGGACGGGCCCCGGGAGAGCAGGUCUGGGGCAGGGGUGGAGGCUGGGCGAGGCUGCAGGACUUGGAGGGAUUCCGGGAGUGAGUGCCGAGGAAGAGGCCCUACCAGGGGCCCAGACUAUCUUGAAGAUAUUGAGUUCCCCAUCAGCCAGUGUAGGGACCUGAGCUUUGGCCUAGCCGUUAGGAGACCUGACUUGUGGGUGGCUUCCUCUUCUGGGCCAUUUCCCAUCCCUAACAUGAGAGGGCCUUCAGUCAUGGAAUCUGUGUCUGAGUGCUGAGCCCAGAUACACCCUCAUAACCUGAAACUGGAGCCGGUGGCCAUCACAAAUCCGAGCUAUGAACCAGGUGGCCGUCACGAAUGGGUACAUAACAUGGAACCUAUUGGCUAUUCUAGUCCUUAUGUAAAGGUUCUCUCUUCCCAACAUCAAGGUUUGUCUUUUAAGUAACUGUAAAUUCUAAAUUAGCCAAUUAUUUUGGCAACUACUUUUUUACUUCCCCUGGUAUCUUUAGUGCCCAGCAAUGACCUGGUGCGGGUAGGGGUGCAGCAGAAAUGCCUGUCAAAUUACCCAAAGGUUUGUAGAUACGGAGUAUCCCUUCCCUAUCAACCAAGCUGUGCACAGCAGGAAUGGAUAGGAGUUGCAAUCUGUUUUUGUGCGGAACAAUUGAAAAACAGUAAGUCACUGCUUCCCCACCUGGCCGUUGACUUCCAGCAACUUCUGAGACCAACUUCUGAGUCACCAAAUGGAAUCAAAUAGAAAAAGCCCCAAGCAGUGGAAUAACUGUGGACACGAAGCCCAUGCAUUUUAUUCCAGGAGUUAUCUAUUUCUGAGCCGAGCAUGGCAGCUGCGGUGGGUGGCCAGGCUGGCAGGAGCACAGCCCGAUGCCACUGCUUCCCUUUCUCUUGCUCGGGGCAGGGCUUGUUAUCUGGUCACAGACCAGGAGGAUACAUAAGGGUGGUCCGUGCAUACCCACCGACAGCAGUGAGGAAUCGGGGACAGUUGGCGGGAAGGGAGGACACGGGGAGACGUAGACUAAGGAGAGACGCGGGCAGCCUUGGUGUGUGCAGUGCAGUCCUGGCCUUGAGACCCAGUGGUCACAAGGUUAGUGCUCACGGUCUUCUAACUAAGGCAGGGAAGUCUCGUGUUCUGGAAAAAUCCCUAGGAAAUCGGAAAGAGGCAGCAUAGCAAGAGUGUAGGUUUUGGGACCAAAUAGAUGUGAAUCCUGGUUCUUCCUCCUCUCUACAGCAGGAUCCUGGCUUUUCCCUCCCAGGCUGUUACGAGGACCAGAUACGUACAUAAACAUUUAGGACAAUGUCUGGCCUAUCGAUGCUUAACAACUGGUACCUGCUGAUAUUAUUACAAAUGAAUUUGCUAGUUUUGAGCCCCUUCCAUGCUUGCCCACUAAGCCUCCUCCCAGAAUGUGUCCCAGGGGUGAUAGUGUAUUUACUUCAGAGCUGGGUUUUUCCAUUAAAAUAACUACAUACUGCACUACUUUGAGGGCAGGACUUGAAUUCUCACCUGCUUGGAAGGCCCGAGGCAAGUGCUGGGUUUUGCUGGCAAUGGCCAGGGCUGUGGAACUUGGCUGUGUUCCCUGACACAGGGAUCCCACUGUCCUGUAGAAGGUGCUCAGCACCCACCAAUUGCCCCUGAGCCUUGGAAAGGGAUGGUCCAUCCCAGGUUUUCCUACUUAUGCAAAGACCUUAUGCAAGCACUUGACCUUUAAAAAAAUAUAUUUUUCAUUUACUACACACAUAAUGUCGUUUUGGAGGGAAGUUUAAAUAAAAACAAAAAAUACAAUUCAAAUCACCAUAGUCCUACGACUCAGAUAAAUACACUUAAUAUUUUGUGAAUUUAUUUCUAGUUUUUCCCCCUUAGGAUAUACAUAUAAAUAUAGAUGUUUACAUAUUAUAGA